GUGGUGCUCCCGACCUUCAUCCUGGAGAAGCGCUCCUUACUGGAAAUGUACGCUAACUUCAUGGCUCACCCCGACAUGUUCCUGUCCAUCACGUCCGGCUGCACAGCGGAGGAGCGGAUCAUCCGCUUCGUGGAAUACUACCUGACUGCCUUCCACGAGGGCAGGAAAGGCGCCGUGGCCAAGAAGCCGUAUAACCCCAUGCUGGGGGAGAACUUCCACUGCUCCUGGUACGUCCCCCGGGUCCGGGUUAAACCCCUCAGGACCACCAACUGUUCUGGUCCAAACGCAGCACCCACAGCUAACUGUCCCACUCCCGGGUCCCCUCAGAGGGGGGCCGACAAAUCCUGCAGGAGGAACUCAGACUGCUACCAUGUCCGCUUUGUGGCGGAGCAGGUGUCCCACCAUCCCCCCGUGUCCGGGUUCUACUGUGAGUGUAAGGAGCGGAGGAUGUGCGUGAACACACACGUCUGGACCAAGAGCAAGUUCAUGGGCGUGUCUGUGGGCGUGUCCAUGGUAGGAGAAGGUGUUCUGUAUCUGCUGGAGCAUGAUGAAGAGUACGUGUUCACUCUGCCCUGUGCCUACGCCCGCUCCAUCCUCACAGUGCCGUGGGUGGAGCUCGGCGGGAAAGUCACCAUUAACUGUGCCAAGAGCGGUUACUCUGCCACCGUCACCUUCCACACCAAACCCUUCUAUGGAGGAAAAGUGCACAGAGUGACAGCGGAGGUCAAACAGAACCAAACAGGACACGUGGUGUGCAAGGCCCAGGGCGAGUGGAACGGCGUGCUGGAGUUCACGUACAGCAGCGGAGAGAACAAAGUGAUCGACACGUCCAGACUGCCAAUCAUCAAGAAGAAGAUGAGACCGCUAGAAAAGCAAGGCCAGUACGAGUCACGGCGUCUCUGGCAGCAUGUGACGUCGUCUCUGAAGACGGGAAACAUGGACGCAGCCACAGAACACAAACACUUCCUGGAGGAGAGACAGCGCAGUGAGAGCAAACAAAGAACCGCCAACAAGACCCCCUGGACCCCCAAAUUCUUUGUUAAAGAGGGUGAAGGCUGGGUGUACCACAACCCUCUGUGGAAAGCUCACUGACAGGAGAAGGAGGAGGGAGAUAUUCACACCUGGACGAGAAGCGAGGUGACCAGGAGGCCGGCCAAAGAAGACACGACAAGAGAGAGAGAGAGAGAGAGAGAGAGAGAGAGAGAGAGAGAGAGUAGAUAGGUAGAGCGAGAGCUGAGACUCCGUGCCAGAACAAGACGUGCCAAAGACAAGCAGCAAUAGACAAGUAGACAAUAGACGGACUCAGAGUGGUGUCCAAUCAGAGACAUUUGAUGUUUGUGUUGCUGAGACCGCUCUAACAGGAGGACCAGAACAUCAGAUCCAUACUCGCUCCUACACCGCUGCUGACCCGUCACUUCUCUGCACAGUGUGCUGAACUACAGCGAUUAGUCACAACAACUUUGCACAAUUCACUGUAUAAUAUUUACAGCACUGCAUAUUACAGUUUGAGCGAUGUGUGUGUGUGUGUGUGUGUGUGUGUGAGGAGUGAUAAACUAUUUAGCCAAAUGUAUCUCUAGCAAAUACCCCCGAAUCAAUCACUCUGUUUGUGCAGACAGUUAAUCCGUGAGACACUAUAGAAGCUUAAUAUCUCACUCAGAUAUGUACUCUGCAGCAGUCAGGUCUGCCAAAUGUUUCACUCAUUGUCCCUUCAUGCAGAUUCUCUUUGUUUUCAGAAUUGUCUCUUUAAAAACUGUUUAUAUCUUCUAAAUUAUUUGAGCUGCUUACAACACGACAAUUGUAAUUGCAAAAUAAAUCAGUUUCAUUAAUUUCCAUACCGAACAUGUAAUGGGUACUUUAUCUUUCAAGUUAAAUGUCACUGUCGAGUUUAUCAAAAUGUCAUAUUUUUCACCACUUUGAGCCUAAAAAAUAAAUUCACUUUGAGUCUGGA